AUGUACAUCCAAGCAGUGACGCAAGUGGUUGCUCAAAGCCGAACUAUUAGCGCCAUCGACAUGGACCUCAUCCCCCUGGAAGAGCGUGAGCAAAGCAUGGUGCACGAUGCUGGACCGGAGCUUCAAGUCUCUUUCAGCAGCGUGCUCGAGAAGCUGCAAGAGAUCGCCAUAACGGCUCCCGAUCGUGUCGCUAUAAAGGAUGAGCGCAACCAUAAGAUUACAUAUGUCGACCUCAUACGUCGCGCGAUCGCCAUGUCUUCGGAUCUGAAGAAGCACGAAGUCGCUCGUGGUACUCCUGUGUGCGUACUCGGUCCUCCAACCGUCGAUUUUCUUUGCAGUGUCGUCGCGAUCUGGUGCGCUGGUGGCGUCUAUGUUCCAGUCGAUCACCGUCUCUCGAUCCAUGACAAUCUUCCCAUCGCUAAGAACUCCAACACUGUGUUUUGCAUCGUCAGCAUGCCAUAUCUACUUGACUACGCAUUGAAAUUCCAGCUUGGUACCGUGUUCUGCUGCGGCGACAUGGUCUUCACGGAAGGUUUCGACAACAUCGAAGAGCCGCUGCCGGACGAUCUUGCUGUGGAAUUGCAUCUUCAGUCGUUCGACGGGUUGCCAAAAGGCGUCAUCUUAACACACGAGAACUUGGAGGUGUUUGUAGCUUCCACUGCUCACUACUUCGAGGACGAAAAGCCGGUCGUACUACAGCACAGCAACUGGACGUCGGAAAUGUCGCUCUUCCAGAUCUUGUUCGCACUAACGUCUGGAGGCACGCUCUUCGUAGCCGCAGACUCAUUUCCCGCCAAUGUGACCAAGGUCAUGCUUGCAAGCUUCUUUGGGGCGACCGAGACCACAAUCGCUUCUUCAAUGGGCUUUGUCGACUACAAGGCGUACGCGGCCAACAAAGAAGGACAGCUCAUCCCUAUGGGAAACCCGUUACCGAACAACAAGAUCUGGGUUGGUAAUCACCUGGGUAGACCACUUCCUGUAGUUUGGACCGGUGAUAUAUGGGUCGCCGGCCCAGGUAUUGGGAUGGGCUACUUUGGUUCCAAGUGUUUCCGGACUGGUGACUGGGGUUUCAUUAACAAUACUGGGGUGCUUUUCGUUACCUCUCGACGCUUGGACGAGUCAAUCGCGCAAGUCGGCGGUUUUCACAUCGAGCUAGGAGAUGUCUCGCGAACUAUCAUUGACCAGGCAAAGGGAAGAGUGGAGGAAGCAGUCACGGUUCUUCAAGGCAAUGAAGGGCAGGAAGAACCGCAGAUUCUGGCUAUUGUUGUCAUGACCGGGACGCUCAACGCUGCAUCGCGGCGGUAUCUGCAGAAGUUGCUUCGCGGCCUCAAUCUCCCCGUGUAUAUGCGUCCGACACGCGCCGUAGUCUGGAAGCAGCUGCCACGCACGUCUGGAGGAAAGUUCGAUCGUCACGCCGUGAUGGCAACCGCGAUACCAGAUACCGAUAUUAUCCGGGUCAUGUAA